GUACGCGGUCAUUGCCUACGGCUGUGCCAGCUGCCCCAAGCUGACCUGCGAGAGGGACGGCUGCCACACGGAGUUCUGCUACCACUGCAAGCAGAUCUGGCAUCCCAACCAGACCUGCGACAUGGCCCGCCAGCAGCGGGCACAGGCGCUGCGGGUGCGCACCAAGCACACGUCAGGCCUCAGCUACGGCCAGGAGUCCGGCCCAGCCGAUGACAUCAAGCCGUGCCCGCGCUGCAGCGCGUACAUCAUCAAGAUGAACGAUGGGAGCUGCAACCACAUGACGUGUGCUGUGUGUGGCUGCGAGUUCUGCUGGCUCUGCAUGAAGGAGAUCUCAGACCUGCAUUACCUCAGCCCCUCUGGCUGCACAUUCUGGGGCAAAAAGCCAUGGAGUCGUAAAAAGAAGAUUCUCUGGCAGCUGGGCACGUUGAUCGGCGCUCCCGUGGGCAUCUCCCUCAUCGCUGGCAUUGCCAUUCCUGCUAUGGUCAUUGGCAUCCCUGUGUACGUUGGGAGGAAGAUCCACAGCAGGUAUGAGGGAAAGAAAACCUCUAAGCACAAGAGGAACUUGGCCAUUACUGGUGGGGUCACCUUGUCUGUCAUUGCCUCUCCAGUCAUCGCUGCUGUUAGUGUUGGUAUUGGAGUCCCCAUCAUGCUGGCUUACGUGUAUGGUGUGGUGCCCAUCUCACUGUGCCGGGGCGGUGGCUGUGGGGUCAGCACUGCCAAUGGAAAGGGCGUGAAAAUCGAGUUUGAUGAAGAUGAUGGACCCAUCACAGUGGCCGAUGCCUGGCGAGCCCUGAAGAACCCCAGCAUUGGGGAGAGCAGCAUCGAGGGGCUGACCAGCGUGUUGAGCACCAGUGGCAGCCCCACUGACGGGCUCAGCGUGAUGCAGGGCAACUACAGCGAGACGGCCAGCUUCGCCGCGCUCUCGGGGGGCACCCUCAGCGGGGGGGUCCUCUCGGGAGGCAAGGGCAAGUACAGCAGGCUGGAAGUUCAGGCAGAUGUCCAGAAGGAGAUUUUCCCCAAAGACUCUGUCAGCCUGGGGGCUAUCAGCGACAAUGCCAGCACUCGAGCCAUGGCUGGUUCCAUCAUCAGCUCCUACAACCCCCAGGACAGGGAGUGCAAUAACAUGGAGAUCCAGGUGGACAUCGAAGCUAAACCAAGUCACUACCAGCUGGCCAGUGGCAGCAGCACAGAGGACUCUCUGCACGUCCACACCCAAAUGGCAGAGAACGAGGAAGAGGAGGAGGACGGGGAGCAGGAGCAGACAUGCAAACACCAAAGCUGUGAGCAAAAGGACUGCAUUGCCAGCAAAACCUGGGACAUCACCCUGGCCCAGCCCGAGAGCAUCCGGAGCGACCUGGAGAGCUCCGACAGCCAGUCGGACGAUGUGCCGGACCUUACCUCGGACGAGUGCGAGUCCCCCCAGCCCCCGCCUGCAGCAACCUGCCCCCAGAGCCCAAGUGCCCCCCUGAGCCACUGUGCCCAAGCCGAGGGCUGCAGGCUGGAUGACAUGGUCAAGCUGGAGUGCAUCGAAGCCAGGGUGUGAGGUGGCCUCCUGCUGAC